AAGACUUUUGAAAAAUCUCUGAUUUAAUUGCUCAAUCUCCGACGCUGAAGAAUCUAAUCUGUCUACCGUUACCGGUAGUUCCACACAGCAGCAGCAGUAGCAGCAGCAAUGGCAGUGGUGCAGUGAGACACAUGUCACAACUCUCUGUGAACCAAAAACAUUUAAGCUGGAGCCGAGAGAAGACGCUUAAGCAAAAUGUCUCGGCACCGAAAUGUGCGAGGUUACAACUACGAUGAAGACUUUGACGAUGACGACGUGUAUGGACAGUCUGUGGAUGAUGACUGCUGUAUAUCACCAGCAACAGCAAAUCAGUUCAUCUACUCGCGUCAAGAUAGGCAAGCACCAAAGGAGGAGCCUUUGGAAGAGGAUGAAGAGGAUGUACCCAUGUCUCCUACCAUCAGCCACAGCCUUGACCCUCUCGACCAAGCCAAGCUGUAUUCCUGUUUGGACCAUAUGCGAACCGUGCUGGGAGAUGCAGUGCCAGACUCAGUCCUGACUGAGGCAGCCAUAAGAUGUGGAUUCGACCCACAGAAGGCCCUGGACGCCGUCCUGUCUGAAGACGCCAAGACAGCCCCGGUUACCAGAAGUACCGGUAAAGACACGGCUUCGGUGGCAAGAGUUAGCCAGGAGAAUGCGCCGCUUCCACAAAGAACCAAACAAGAGGCCGUGGCUGAGAAAGGAGCUUCUCACAAAGACAUUACAUGCAAUGCACAUAAACCCCAGACCGAUGGGUGCAAACACACACAACCGCGUCCGCAAACAAGUGCACCAAACCUGAGUGACCUCUUAUUGCAACAUAAGGCUGACUUUUGGGUUAGCAGCUCUGAAGAUGAACAUUUUAUUCAUCAGAACAGUGGUCCAGGUGUUACUUGUGGUGCCAAUCUUGCACAGCUCAUGUCUGCGCAUGAGCAGAAGAGUAAAGCGUCAGGAGCGGUUGACACAGGGCGAGGUUUGGGUGUUCACUCAUUAAGUGCCCUCACAAUGGGACCUAAUUCCCCACUGUCCAUUGUGCCUAACCAGAAUAGUCUUUCAUUGGGAACGUUGGCGUCUUUAAGCAUGACUUCAGCAUCUCACAGCUCUGCUCCCCCCCUCCUCUCAGUGUCACUCGGUAGUCUGUCGCUAAACAACCCCAAGAUAACAACUGCAAGCUCUCCUCUGGCUGCUCCUCCCGGGUUCAGAAGUCUCAGUUCUGUCCUAUUGUGCAAUCAGCACUCCGUGGGAGUUGGGAAUGGCGGCAAAGCCGCAAUGGCUGAUCCUAAGGGAAGCCCAUCAUUGGCUGAUUUAAUGCAGGAACAUUCAAACCGCAGCCCAACCAUCAGUAACUCCUCUCACGCUCCCCAAAGCGGCAUAUCUUCUGUGACGUAUCAGGGGGGGGCUGCACCAGCACAAACAUUCUCGCUGUCUGGGCUUGCUUCACAGCACCAAAACAAGAAUACGCACAUUCAAUCGCAAACACAAAGCACUGAACAACCGGCAAACUCGCUCACCUUUUCUAAACCAACCAACAAUACUCGCGAAUGCCUAGCUGGAACCGCCUCAUUGUCUCAGCUGGCCUCGCAGCAUCAGCUCAACAGUUCCUUAACUUUCCCUCAACCUGUGAGCGUUGAAUCUCCAGGAAAUGCACCGAAACAACCACCUGGCAUCUCUGAGCUGCUCUCUUUGUCACAAUUUGCAUCUGAGCACAAAGACAAAACCUCAACUACCUCAAAUGGGUCACAGUACUCCCUCACCUCGCUCCUUUUACCAGCAAAACCAGAGAGGGCUGGUGUGUUAGCAGAAAGUACUGAAGAGGGUGGGACCAAGUGUAAGCUCGACCACAGACCAUACCACCGAAACAUCAGGUCACCGAAGAUGAAGCAGACUAUUGAUCUGAGUGCACUCAUGGCCCAGUCAGAUGGAGCAGGCCCUCGGCACUUUGACAGCGACCCCCUCUCACCGUCCUCUCCAGAUUCAGUUGACGUGGGGAUGGACUCUUCCGUGUUUGCACAACCAUCAGUAUUUGCGAUCACUUUGUCGAUUCAGAGCCACAGGCAACAGAAGAGGGUGAGGAAUAAGCUGAAGUGGAAAAUAAGAGGUCAGAAGACAGGAAGUGGUUCCCAGGCUUUCCUGUGUAAAUCCCAAGAUGAAUUCCAAGAGCAGCAUGUGCCACUCCCGCCGAUUGUACCAUUCCGCUUCGACGUGCCUUCACCUGACGACAUCGUCCGCACUAAUCAGCGAAAAGCUUUCACCAGGUAGACGAGUGGAAACAAAUGGCUCUUAAUUCAGCUGCGUCCAGGUUGGGGUGAAAUGAACUCACUUUGGAUGAGAACCUCAGAUCUUUUUGGUGGUCUUUCCUCCACCAACUGAAGUAAUCUUAAAAAGAUGCAGGACUCAUCAUCAAUUUUUAAAACUUUGUCCCUCAUGAGGAGUGAAGAAACUUUUGGGACCAACAAAGACUGACAAAUGACAAACUCACUGCUGAAAAAUAAACUCUGCCAGAAACCGUAUUACUACAACACUUCUUUUUUUUUUUUUUAUAGCGGCAUGCUAAAAGUCUUAAGUUGCUACUAUAUACAGAUAAAUAAUGUUUCUUAGUCUCUCUGGCAGCUUGAAAAUAAUCACAGCUAAGUUACAAAUGGCAAUAAGUAUUUUAAAAACUUUUAAAAAUGUUUUUUUCUCAUUUACUGAAGUUAUUUUUUCUACCUUUUUUAAAUUUGAGUCUUAUUUUUCUAUGCUUAGAUAGUCAUUGGCUUUUUAAUUUACAUUUUUUUUGUAAAAUAGUGUAAUCUUACCCGGGGAACAUUUCAAGUACAUCUCUUUCUGCAUGGCCUCGUUUCUGGUUUUGAUCUGCAUGAACCCUCAAAACGAGAAAGAGGUUGAUUUUGUUUGCAGGUGUGCUGCAGCUAUUGGAAUAUGGAUCAGUUAACCAUUGUUCUGGUUUAUUGCUGCCUGGGUUUGAGAUCAUGGGGUAGACAUUUUGGUUUAGAGGACACCUGGAGAUUUUCCCAUGAGGGAGUGAGAACAAACGCAUGCCACAGACACACACACACACACACACACACACACACACACACACACAGAGAGACAGACAAGUGAAUCCUUUUAGUGUUUGAUAUUGAAAAAGAGUUUACUAUGAAUUCAGGCACUGAAUAAAGAUAGAACUGAAUGAACGAAAAAUGAAUGCCUUCAGACUUGAGGUAAACGGGGGUUUUCUUGCUCUUACAACCUUUUAACUUUAGGAUGCGCAAAUGAGUUUGAUUCAGUGGGUGUGUCAUGACACUCUGCCAGAGGUUAAUUUGUCCAAUUUUGAAAUAAAAAUGACUGAAUGUACGUUCUCCGAAUGCACCUGUGUCUGGGUGUGUCUCUGUGGUUGUGUGUGUGCUUUUGUGUGUCUGAGUGUAAAAAUGAUCUUUUUAGGGUUGUUGUAUUAAACUAAUUCUACAUAACCAGUUAAACCGGUGCUCUAUUCUCUGUUCUGAUCUAAAAUAUGAGUAGAGUAUGUAUGUUUGUACAGUAGCAACUCUUUAUUGUAAUAAAUAUUAAUGAGUUAAAUAGAAGGCAUGCUCUGCAGUAUGUAUCUGGUGCAGUGAAUGCUUUUUUUUUGUGUAGGGCAGCCCAGGGUUUUUUUUAGGAAACUUUUGAGUUUGAGUCAUUAGUAUUGGUUUGAAUGGCGAAACUUGCCCUGAAAGAAAUGCAUGUUUAGGACUUCAGAUUGGACAAGGACUGGUUAGAUGGUAGGUAGAUAAACUUUCCAAUACUGUUGAGUCAUUUUCUUGCACUGCCUCAUUGUUUGCAUAAAUGUGAGAACGCUCUUUGAGUGAAGUAGGGGGUUUGGCUAGAUGUGCGUAAACUUUAUACAGGUGCAGAGAGCUGAGUGAAGUGAACCCUCAGGGUGGCAAACAGACUGCUGAGCCUGAGGGGAGAACAUAGUCAACGAGGAGCAGAUAGUGGAAAUAAUGACAAGUCAAACAUUUAGAAGUCAAACGGGUUUCUCCGUGUGCGAGCAGUCCUGGGAGUUUGGAAAUAAUAUGGUUUAUUAGGGAUGUUGUGGUGUGCUUUGUGAGUGAAGAUAUGUAUCAUGGUACAGCGCGUUUGGAUGUGAAAAUCUUGAAAUGAAUAAGUCUUAUUAACAAGUGGGUUUGUCCGGCAACUGUUUCGUCCUUUCUCUCUCUCUCGAGGCGGGCCAGUGUGUGGGUUUGAGCAGGAAGCUGCACUCUUGGAGAAAAUGUCACCGACUCGGCGUAGCAGCCGAUCGUCUCACUCUCUGUGUGUCUCACUCGCCACCUACGUAGGAAAAUCUGAUCAUGUCUCUCGACUUUCACAGCUUUUGUCAAAGGCUUUGUCAGAUCAAAUCAUUUUGUGUCUUUACAGGCUCUGCAGCUCUGCAAGGCGUACAUGUUGCACAAACAUAGCGCUUUAUGUGAUGUGGUGCCAAUACUGGAAAAUACCAUUUUACUCACAGCAAGUGGUCAAAAGAAUGCGGGUGCAUUUAGAUUGACAUGCCAUCGGUGCUACUGCUUUGUUGUGGUGUGAUUUGUUUGAGAGAGAAACAGGAUUCCUUAUUCAAAUGGAAAGUUGCAUUCUUGUUACAAGAAAUACAAGAGUUGACUUCUAGAGCGGUUGAAGGCACAAACACUCCUGAACAAGCGUAUUAAGCAGUGAUGUGACCGUCUGCAGAAGCCAUGCGCAGUCUGGUUCAUUUAUUAUCUAAAUGUUGUGGUUGUGCAGCCUGAAUCAAAAAUCCUGGCUAUGACAGCAAUAAUGUUUUUUAAUGGAAGUGCAGAAAUAUCUUGUCGUGGAUCGGUUUGGUACCGAUCUGUAUAGUAGAAUUCGCCUGUUUGUUUUGCAUGUUGGAAGCUAAGUUGGAAGCUAAGUUGGAAGCUAAGUUGGAAGCUAAGUUGGAAGCUA